GAAACGGGAGAUAGUUUUUUAUAUUCAUUUGCGAGUAAAAGAUCGAGAAAUGGGAAACUUGCUCGUGUAAAUAAUAAUUCUUAUGCUGUUUCAUAUGUUACUAAACAUGGGCCGAGUUUUGGAUGUGGAUGGGAUUUAGCCAUUGAAAAUGAUCAUAUUAGUUAUUAUAAGACAUCUAGUUAUCCCGGGAAUAACUUCUUAUCAUCAAAUAAUCGUAAUUUAGAAGACUACGAAGUUUUUCAAGUUAUUAAAAAGUGA